ACACUCGCAUUUUUACUCUGGAGCAUGACGGUUCUUUCGCGGCACUUUCGACGCGAUCCAAAGCUGCAGCCCAAGCAGCAGCAGCUUCCGAGUCCGUACCGAAACCAAAUCCGAUUCCGAUUGCUAGUCGACAGCAGCCGAAGAGUAGGAGCUGUCUAAUCCGCAACAGAUUCGCGGCGCGUACAUACAUAUUGAUUCAGUGCGAGUGCGAUUGCAGUUGCAGCGCGCGCCCCAUCACAACAACAAGAAAGAAAGAACAAGAGGAAGAAGAAAAAAACACACCCCCACCAACCACCCCUCGUUUUUCACUGUGUAUACUACAGCUUUUCGUUUCUUUUUUUAAGGCGGCGGCACGCCCUUCCCCAACGUGCGUGUGUGUCCGUGCGUGUGUGUGAGUUUGUAUGUAUGUAUUGGCGGGAUAACCCAGAAAAUCGACAAAAACUUUCGAAAUAUUAAAUUGUGAAAACUAUCAGAAAAUCAGAAAAAUUAUGUGCCUGGUCGACAUAUAUUCCCCAGUUUGCAUCGAAAUAAUGUGCAACCCAAGUACAUAAACAACAGUUUAGAACACACCUCGUGUACACGAAAAUAAAAAUACCUUGCGACGAGAAGCAGCAAAGAAACAACAUGAAGAUGGUCGAUAAGUCGUCCAAGCUGGUGGAUAAAUUUGCCGUAAUCAGCGGCACCGGCGGCAGCGGAGCCGGAGGCGGUUCGCUCAAUCUGCAAGGCGGCGGAGGAGGCGGUGGCUCCGGCGGAGGAGGAGGUGUCUCCGGAUCUGGUGGCAUCUCCGGCACGGCCGGCUUGUCCGCCGGAGGAGGCAUGACCACUGGCCAGAAACCGGUGCCCAUGAAGCUAUUCGCCGCCUGGGAAGUGGACCGAACGCCGCCCAAUUGCAUCCCAAGACUCUGCUCGCUGACAAUAACACGUCUGUCCAUCUUGACUCCGCUGCCCGGCGACACCACCUCCUUAUCGCUGGCGGUGAAGAUGCAGUCAUCCAAAAGGACGCUGCGCAGCCACGAGAUACCCAUCAACGGCCUGGCCCUCACUUCAUCCGCCUCCCUGCAGGGCAACUCGCCGAUGUCGGUGACCGGAGGUGCUGGUGGUGCUGGUGGUGGCGGCACUCCGGGUAGUGUGGGCACUGGAGGCGGACUGGGCGUGGCUGUGCCCCUGACGGAAACCGAGCUGGACUUGCACUUCAGUCUGCAGUAUCCGCACUUUAUCAAGAGAGAUGGCAAUAGACUGGUUAUUUUGCUGCAACGCCGCAAGAAAUACAAAUCGCGCACCAUUUUGGGCUAUAAAACGCUGGCCGAGGGCAUCAUUCGCAUGGACGCAGUGCUCCAGAAGUCAAUGGACAUGAUCAUCGAGCUCACCGCUUCCGGCAAGAAUGGCAGGCCGGGCACAGUGGUGGCCUGUCUGCGGGCAGAGCGCGUUUCUUCCAUUCCAGUUGACCAUGACAAUAAGAACAACAACAGCGUCCUGCUGGCAGAUCGCGUUGCUGAAUACUCCGACGAGGACGAGGAGGCCGAGUUCAGUUCGGGCGAAUUCAACGACGAGGCCAACGAACUGGGCCUGAUCCGGGGCUACGAUCCCAAGGAUCCGCGGGACUACAACCAUCCGGCCAAGCAUGAUAUGCGCAAGUAUCGCAACAAGCUGCAGCGCUCCGGAAUUGAGGACUGCGCCCUAGUGGGUCACCAUCCCGGCAGCAUCCAGCACCAUCAUACCGGCGUGGUCGUCGAUAGCGAUAGCGAGUUCGAGAUGAAGGACAAGAGCUCGUCACGGGCCAAGUUUAGCCGGACGAUCUCGCUGCAGCAGCGAAACUUCAAGCAGAAGAUCGUGGCGCUCUUGAAGCGAUUCAAGGUGAGCGAGGAGCUGGAGGGGGAAUCUGGACACCGAGGAACGGCGGCGCUGCGCGGAGAACGCGACCUGGAUGCACUCUUCCAGGAGCUGGAGUCGCUGUCCUGCUGCGAGGGCGACGACUCGGGUCCGGACAUGGACAGCAUAUCGGUGGGCUCCACGCCGAAGCCAUCGCUGCGUCCCUUCUUCACCAACUCGCGGAUCAUGUUGCACGACAACAUCACCGGAAAUGGCGGAGAUCUGAGCCAAUUGGUGGGGGGAGGUUCAGGAACCGGAAUCGGAACCACUGGCAACUCUGAGCGCCGAUCAUCGGAUAAGAGCGACCAAUUGACCAAUUCAUCUUACAAUCUUGAAAAUAACAAAAACCAAAAAUGCAUUCAUUUAACAAACAAUAACAAUUCGGCAACAACACCAGAUCGCGGGGGUAAUGACAGCUCCGGCAAUGAGGGCAACGCUGGCUAUACGGAUGGCCAGAACUCCGAUCCGCAAAACAGUCCGCCCAGGGACAAGGACUACAUGCGCCUGCAGCAGAUGCAGCAGCAGCAGUUGACCCCAGCGAGCUCAGUGGCCGCCAGCAUGGGCAGCGGGAGCGUGGUAACGCCGGCUCAGACGGAGAAGCGGUCACGAUUGUUCCGAACUUCCAGCAAUACUCCGGCGAACACAGGAAGUGGUGGCAACAGUGUCAGUGCCAUUAGCGCAUCGGGUGGCGGCAAGAGGAAGCACACCCUGAGCCUGAGUGCCGAGCCGAGAUCCGUGCUGGAGACUUGCCUAUCGCCCACCAAUGUGGAGCCACGCAAGCUGCUGCUCGACCAGCUGAGUCGCGUGUUCGCCGGCGAGGACAGCACCAUUCCGGAGGUGGUGACCAUCAUUAGCCCGCCGGAGGCGUUGGGCGGCAGUGCGCUGCUGGCCAAACUGGUCACGCUCUUUGCCAACUCCUUCAAGCCGGCCUUCGUGCCGCAGAACACUGCCGAGGUCAAGGCGGUGCUCCAGGCGCUCAUGGCCAAGAUCCAGAAGUAUUGCAACUCCAACGCCAAGCCACCGCACACGGUGAAGGUGUUGCUAAUUGGCGGAGAUUGGCUGCAGGGAGCUACUCUGCGACAUUACGUUGAACUGAUGGGAGUGCGACCUCCGGAUUGGCUGAAUCACCUGCGCUUCUAUCUAGUGCCCGUGGGCGGCAGCUGCGGCAGUGUGGCUCGCCAUCUUAGCCAAAUGGAUCAGGCGUACGCGGUGAUGUUCGGUUCGGACAAUUGGACGCAGCUGUGCGAACGGGCCGCAGCCACGGCGGCAGCGGUCAGUGCGGUGACCACAGUGAAUGCCACCGCGCUGACAACCAACCUCGCAGAUGCGGCUGGUGUUGCCAAGUCCGACAUCGCAGAAUUGGUGCAGCGUAUUCAGCGCUACCUACUGGCGGCAGGACCCUGCACGCAGAUACCCAUUGCAGAGGCUAUGGUUAACUACAAGGACGAGGACUCCUGUCAGAUCUUUGUGCCGUUUGUUAGUGAUGUUCGCAUUGGAUAUCUGGACGCACAGGCCUCGCUGGAUCUUGAGGAAAAUGCAGCUGUCUCCAACGCAGUCGGUAGUGGACUGGGCUCUGGAUCUGCUUCGAGCUCAGCCAUCCCGAUAGGCAGCCAGAGCUCGCCAAAUGUACACGGCGUGGUGUCUGGUUCGCCGCCCCAGCAGCAGAGCUUGGGACGCAUCUCACCGCCUCUGCAGACGCCGCCGUCAUCCGCAUCCUCUCACCGGGAGCGCAAUACCAGUGAAUCGCUUAGUACGCCAUCGUCGGUGCAGCAGCAGACGUUCAGUGGAGCUCUUGCGGCGGCCGAAGCAGUAGAACUGCAAGUUGACUAUUGGCCCCUGGUGCGGCCGGGCGAAGGUCACACCAAGGAGUCCAAGGGUGGCUUGUCCAAGGGUAGCGACGCUGGCGGCAAGAAUAGCAUUAAGAGUACGUUUAGGAACCUGCAGGUGUGGCGACUGCCACAGCAUGCACAGCAAUUGGGUGAUAUGUUCAAUGGACUGACUGUUAGUUUCGCCACCAAGGAAAAGAAGCAGAAGCAAAUUAUGCGCUUGGGCAAAAAGAAGGAUAAGGAGCGUGAUCUCGAGAAGGAGCAAUGUGUAGAGGGCGUGGCCCGUUUGAUUUGCUCACCGAAACAAUCGCAUCCAGUGCCACUGCGAGUGUACAUUGAUGGCACCGAGUGGACGGGAGUCAAGUUCUUCCAAGUAUCGUCGCAAUGGCAAACGCACGUCAAGAACUUUCCGAUUGCGCUCAUCGGCUGCACUCCCAUGUCCUGUGCUGAAUUAUCCUAGUCAUUUUAACCCCCGACCUCACACGGGACACUCCCACAAACAACACAGAUAUACGGACACAAAAACUGAAAUGUGCUCGGAGCAAGGGAGCCAGUCACUUGCGCGGCAAUAAAUAUUAUAAAACUGAAAAGAAUGAUAAUUUAUUUAUAAUUAGUAUUUGUAAAUUUUUAGUUAAUAAACCGUUAGCCUGUAACGUUCAUUUAAGUUCA